AGCUGUUCAAGGGUUCAAUCAUCUAAUAAUUUGUAUUGUUUUUACCGGCUAAGAUAAAACCAAGUUCAGUUUGUUUAUUAUUUACUCCACUUUUGCAAAAAAAAAAUUACAUCGUUUUCGGCGUUUAUUCAUUGAAAAGUGUAGAAAAAAUAUUGACUAGUGUGUAAUAAAUUGAUAAAUAUGGCCUCGUUAUCGGGAGUCCGCGUUAAUCUCUUCAAUGAAAAUUUUCUCAAUGAAUCCGAGCAGGAUGCUAAUUCGGUGCUGACUGAGCUAGACAAAGGAUUGCGUUCCGCAAAGUUGGGCGUGCAAUGUGAGGCCAUUGUUCGCUUUCCUAGACUCUUCGAAAAGUAUCCAUUUCCAAUAUUAAUUAACUCGUCGUUUUUAAAGCUGGCUGAAUUCUUUUGGAAUGGUUCCAAUCUUCUGCGUUUCUGGGUAUUGCGUGUUUGUCAACAAAGUGAAAAUCAUUUAGAUAAAAUAUUGAAUAUUGAAGCAUUCGUGAAACGUAUCUUUAUGGUGAUACAUUCGAAUGAUCCUGUUGCGCGUGCGUUGACUUUACGUACAUUGGGCGCCGUGUCACGUGUAAUACCGGAAAAACAACAGGUACAUCAUGCAAUACGUCGAGCACUAGAUAGCCACGAUACUGUUGAGGUGGAAGCCGCUAUUUAUGCAAGUGGCCAGUUUGCAGCGCAAUCACGCACCUUUGCCAUUAGUAUGUGUGCUAAAAUAUCAGAUAUGAUUGAAUCACUGCAAAUUCCUGUACCCAUGAAACUUCAGCUCAUACCGGUCUUAAGACACAUGCAUCACGACUCAAAUACGUCGACGUUAGUAAAAGAUCUUUGUUUAAAUUUGCUACCGAAAUAUCCUGCUGAAAGCUUCGUGGUGGCUAUUCUUGAUACCCUCACUCAGCUUUCUAUACGUACAUUAACAGGUGUGCCCGAUCAAGUGAAACUUUUGUUAGAUUUUCUGCAAGAUAAACGUAAGCUAGUACGAGCACAAGUGCUGAAGUCUCUUUCCCAACUGGCACAUCCACAAUGUGUGCAUGCUUGGCCAAAAAAAUCUAUGAGCGAACUUAUAGUAAAGGCACAAGGGUGUGAGGACUCACGCGAACAAUACCUUUAUCUAAGUAUACUACUUAAACUAUGUGACUGUCCUUUAACAUGUCAUACUCUACUACAUGAAGAGCAAGAAUCGGUGACGGAACUAUGUCUGACAUGUGUUUGCUUAGAUGACUAUACCACAGCUAGUCAAGCGAUGUCUAUAGUUGCUGCCCUUAUGACAUAUUCUGGUGGCGAUAAAGAUGUUACUGCCAAUAUUAUAGAAAUAGCUAAUAUGCAUAUGGAAGGUUUAAUUUUCUGUAUGGUAGGAGAUAAAGAAAAUGAGCGCGAUUUACAAAAAAUACUUUGUAGUGGCAUCAAAAUUGCCAAAGUGAAUACUGAAUUCGGCACAGAUUUCGUAAAUAUGUUAGCAGACUUAAUUAUUGAAGACAUAGAAUAUCCACCACACAUUGCCGAAAUGAUGUGCGAUGCCUUGGGAGCGCUUGGUUCGCAUUUCCAACUACGUAAAUUCGCAAUAAAGGAUACAACUGAAGAUGUGACAAUGGACGUUGAUGAUGUACAACCAUCAACUUCGGCACAAGCCGCAUUAAUGGAGCAAACAAAAGCAGCGGAAAUAGGCGUUGACAAAGGAGAAGAUGAGGACAACCCACCAUUAAAUGAAACAGAUAAUCCUGUAUUGAAUCGUCUGCUUUUCAUACUACAUAAAUUGAAUGCCAUUAUGGAUGCUGGCCCGAAAGAGGAUCAAUUACAUUCCGUCGAAAUUUUAGCUUCUGUUUCACUUCAAUCUAUGCUUGGAUGUUUUAUACCAAAACAAGUAAUAGACUGCUUUGAGCGUUGUUGCAGCAAAAUAAAUUGCUGGAACCAAUAUCGCAUUGCAAGAUCUGCCAGUCGUUAUGGUCAGCACUAUCUUGCGGCACAUAUAUUUUCCAAAAUAUCACAGUCGACGGUAGUAGACAAACUACAUUUCUUUUUGUUGGGCCUAUCACAAAUGGGAAAAGCUGAGUGCAUACUGAAUUAUGGUGUAGAUUAUGAAUAUAUGCGUGACAAUUAUGAAUUAUGUGCACCAUUACCAGAAAAUGCUAAAUCUGAGAAUGAGCCCACCAAUAGCACAACCGGAACCGAACUAAAACAAAUGCCACUAAUGCAGCGCUUAGAAGCAGCAAUCAAUCUAUAUUGGCAGGCAUUGGCAAGUUUACGUGCCAGCUCAUCGCCUGCUAAUCCCCUCACAUUUCAACUAGAAUAUCUGAAGCUGCGUGCACAAUUUUUACAAACACUAUAUAUGGCGGUUACAGUGAAAAAUGCCCAAAUCAUUGUGCCGCCACCAGCAAUUGCUGGAAGUUUAGCACAAAGUACUCGAGAUUAUUUGCAGAAGUUCGGCCAUGUAACAAAUCAGUUGCGUAAACUGGUAAAAGCUUUGAAAAGUUGUGAAGAAUCGUAUGCACGUUUGUAUAAAUCUGCUUUUGAUGCAGAUCCUGUGACAUUGGAAUUUCUCGAAAUAGCGGAAUAUCAAUGUGCUUUGUUUGCACAUAUUGUCGAAACAAUAUGCUAUGCCACACCCUCUGAUCCCCCACCAUUCUUAACCACUGGUCAAUGUCCAGAGACACGGUACUUUGCGGUUUGUUGUCAACGCAUGGAAAAAAUGCAGCGAAAUUUACCACAAGAACCGUCAAAUGCAAAAACUAUAACAAAUCGUCAUUUAGAAGUUAUUCUAUCUGAAAUUGAAUUGAUUACAAAGACACCACUAUGUUUACCACGAUAUUUCUUUCAAGUUUUGCAAUCAACCCAAAUUAAAUUGUCGGUUAGCCCUCAACCACGCAGUCCCGGAGAGCCGGUACUUGUACAAUCUGGCAGUAAUUUAGUGAUAAAAGUAGAAGGUGUUAUUCAGCACUACGGUAAGAGGCGUUCCAUGUACCGUAGUGUGGACUCAGUACAAUUAACACUAACAUCACAGCUUGUUACACCUCGACCAGCUAGCGAAACUCCAAAGCCUACUACUUCCGACACCGUAACGCUCACACAAACUGUAAAGCCACAACGGGACUUUUUAACUGGUAGCUUCCUUUUGCCAAUAUCAAGUGGAGGUCAGUGGCAAGUUACUUUGGAGACAUACGUUAUAGACGAAAAUGGCAUAACAUGGUGUACGGGCCCGAAAAAUUCAAUGUUGGUACGUUUAUUAGAAGACCCAGCGAAACCAGCAGCACCAACUCCAUCGACGUCGGCCCAGGCUGGUCAGACACGAAGGUUUUAGGAUGAACAAGCUUAAGUACUAAAAUAAGAUACAAAAUUGUAUUAAUACAUCCGAUAAAAUAAUUUUUGCUA